AUGACUGAAGAAACCAUAACAGUAAGCGAUAACUCUGAUUCUGACGAAGCGGGAACUCCAGAACUGCGGGGGUAUUUAAGUAAAUGGACAAAUUAUAUACACGGUUGGCAAGACAGAUUUAUUGUGCUGAAAGAUUCGACUUUGUCUUAUUAUAAAAGUGAAUUGGAGAGUAAUCUUGGCUGCCGAGGUGCCUUAUGUCUCAAAAAAGCUAAAGUCAAGCCACAUGAAUUUGAUGACUGUAGAUUCGACGUUUCAGUAAACGACUGUGUUUGGUAUUUGAGAGCUUCAAAUCCUGAAGAAAAACAGCAAUGGAUUGAUGUACUGGAAUCAUUUAAAGUGGAAUCAGGAUAUGGUACUAGCUCGGAUAGUAGCUCUAAUGGUGGUGGUCUUAGGAGACAUGGCUCAGCUACAUCUUUACAAUCAACGGGAUCACAUGGACGGACUACUCGACAUCUCUCAGAAAAGAUAUCUGAGUUGGAGACAUACAGUGAGUUGUUAUCGAAGCAGGCCAUACAGCUGCAGCAGUACUUUGAUAAAUGUGUUGCUACAUACCCUCAGAUCAGUGAUGAUGCUAAUGAAGCUAUAGAUGCAGUCAAAGUGGCAGAGGGUAAGUCGGACGGUGAUGACUUAAUACUUCACGCGGGUGAAGUACGUGCGACUAGCGCGUCUUUCCGCGCGACGUGUGGCGCUACACUUUCUACGUUGCAAUAUUGCGUGGAGCUUUUGCGCAGGCGCGAGAAGCAAGCAAGGCAGGCAGAGGAUUUGUAUAUGGCGUUGAAGAAUCAACUGACCGAAGCAAGAUUAGCCUCGAAGCCGGGACCUGAUCACGAGGAAGGGCCUCACUCGACGUUGCCGGAUGACGAGUUUUACGAUGCGGUGGAGACUGGAUUCGACAAGAUGGAGGAAGAGAGGUGCGCGCGGGUGGUGCCGCCCAGCGUGCACACGCGCGACGAGGUUGAGUUACCGCCACCGGCUAUAGACAAUAGGCUGACGGUGCAUCCACUAUGGCCGGAGAUUGACCGGAUAUCCACAGAGCAGAUCCAGGCUGCGUUCGAGGGUGUAGGUGGCGAAAUUGGAUGGCAGUUGUUUGCAGAGGAAGGUGACAUGAGGAUGUACAGAAGAGAGAUGGAGGUGGACGGCAUGGUGAUGGAUCCUUUAAAAGCCAUGCAUAAAGUCCGCGGCGUGUCAGCACGUGAGAUGUGUCACUAUUUCUUCAACCCCCGCUACCGGUACGAGUGGGAGACGACGUUGGAAACGAUGACGAUAGUGGAGGAGAUAUCGUCGGACGCGAUGGUGUUCCACCAGACGUUCAAGCGCAUAUGGCCGGCGUCGCAGCGGGACGCGCUGUUCUGGUCGCACGUGAGGGCGGACGGCGACACGUACGCGGUCACCAAUCAUUCCACCACCAACAACGACUACCCGGCCAACACCGGGGCGUGUAUCCGGUUAUUCGUGACCGUGUGCCUCGCGUGCCGCACCAGCUGUCCGGCCGGCGAGAGGCCCACCAGAGACAAUAUCACCACUAGCAUCGCAUAUUGUAGUACAGUGAAUCCCGGUGGAUGGGCCCCCGCUGGUGUACUGCGCGCUGUAUACAAACGCGAAUAUCCAAAGUUCCUCAAGCGAUUCACUAGCUACGUGCAAGAGCAAUGUCACGGGAAGCCACUAGCCAUGUAG